AUGGAGCCAUCAGAGAAGACAACAGCUGGCCCGAUGAGCGACUGCCAGGCAGAAAUUGCUGCCAUCCGGUUUCGGAGAACGGCUUUCCUGGCGGUGACGGUCUCUACCGUAACCAUCCUUUGCACCGUACUCUUGCUGCCCAUCUUUUACCAGAAUGUGCAGCGCAUUCAGAGUCAUAUGAUGGCCGAUGUAUUCUUUUGUAAGACCCAGCAUCGGGAUUUGUGGAAUGAAGUUGAGACUGUGAGGAUCGGAAAAGGGGAACCGAUGCCCAGAGCGAGACGUCGUCUAGCCGACGAUCCAACCGGCCGUAUCCGUCGUCAAGAAGAGCGAUAUGCCGAGCCCGGGGGACCACGCGGAUAUCCUGGGGAUACUGGAGAGAGUGGACAGCCAGGAAAACUGGGAAAAUACGGAAAGCCGGGUCCGCCCGGCCCGCCCGGCCCGGAUGGCGCUCCGGGACCCACCGGAUCAUGCGAUCAUUGCCCCACACCAAGGACUCCGCCCGGCUAC